UUCAAAGAGUAAAAUGGUUUUCCUACAGUGUUCCCUUUGUAAAUUUAAAGGAAAAAGGAAAAAUGCUGUGGAUCAUUUUUUAAAAAGACAUUUACCAGAGAAUGAUGUACCAUAUUUUUGUGUUUUAUGUAAAUUUAGAGCCAUCAACAAAUUUAAAUGGGAGAAACAUUUAAGCUCUUUCCCUAAGCAUAUUUGUGCUGUUAAUUCCUGUCAUACAAUUUUAUCCGAUAAAGCUUAUUGUAUAGAGUCCGAUAAGAAAUUUGAGCUGGACAUAAGUCCCAAUGGUCAACUCAUACCAAUAGAAUAUACUUCUGUUCAACCCAGUAACAUACCUUUAGAAGAGAAUAUUGAACCAGCUGUACCUGAAUAUUCAGAGGAAGUGGUGAUUGUUGAAAUGACAUGUACAGAAGAAGAUAAAACUAUUUUUACUCUUAAAGAAGAGAUCUUAAAUCUAACAGACACUUUAGUCAAAGAAAGAAAUCAAUUUGAAAAUUAUUUAAAUAAGAUGGAAGAAACCAAAAAGAAUUUAAAAUCUGAACUUAACCAAACUAAAGCAGAACUACAUGUACAAAACCAGAAAAAUAAAGAAAACCAUACGAGCGAGAAGGAGGAAAGAAGAAAGGAUAGAAAGAGGAGUUACCAGGAACCUAACAAAAGGAUACGAAGUGUGGUUGUGGUACCAAAAAGAAAAUGUGAACAUUUUUAAUUUUCUUCAUACUUGACAUUUAUUUGUAUAUAAAUUGUGUUUAUUUUCAUCGAUAUAAUUGUUAACAUAACCAAUAAUACGUGUCGUGAUAUCCUGAUAUCCAAUCAAUCGAGACAUGACCGGAAAUAUUUAUAUGCAUAUAUAAAAUUUGCAAUUUACUUGUAUACAUGUAUUCAUAAGCUCCACGGCAGGUGCUUGUAAAAAUCGCUUAAUUUUAAUUUGAGAAAAUAUCACUUUUAAUAUUUUUUGUAAUUUCGAGACGAAAUUUAAUUUGACGGAGGGCAGUGUUAUGAACGUUAAUUAUAGUUUCAUAGUUUUGUUUAGCCGAAAAUAUUGUUCCCGGCAAAAUUGACAGUUUCAUAUUUUGCGUUACGAAAUUCCGCCAACAUGUGGCAUUCGGGAAACAUCAAUUGUUUUCCAGUUGUUAUUAAUACUACAUUUCAUUAGUAACUGCAUUUUACCUGCUUUAUAUUCGUAAUUUGGCGUAAAGUCGGAUGA